AUGAAAUCCCCAAGGAGAACCACAUUGUGCUUCAUGAUUUUUGUGAUUUAUUUUUCCCAAGCUACAUUGAACUUGAAUUUAGAGUCUAUUGUUCAUCCCUUGAUUCUCCGUGAACAUGAACCAGCAGGGAAGGAGCUACUAAGGCAAAAACGAGCAGUAGCCUCGAGUAGCCCAGCAGCUGAAGAGUACAUCGUUGAUGUGGAGAUUAGUUUUGAAAAUGCCUCCUUCCUGGAGCCUAUCAAAGCUUACUUGCACAGCCUCAGUUUCCCAAUUCAAGGGAAUAGCACUGACCAAGCCACCAACAUUUUAAACAUUGAGGUGACAACAGUCUGCAGACCUACUGGGAAUGAAAUCUGGUGCUCCUGUGAGACAGGCUACAGGUGGCCUCAGGAAAAGUGCCUCCAAAAUCUCACUUGUCAAGAGCAUGACAGUGUCCCUGCAGGGCAUCACUGUGGUUGCCUUAAAGGACUACCUCCCAAGGGACCUUUCUGCCAGCUCCGAGGAGAUGUUACCCUAAGAAUGUCAGUCAGACUCAAUGUGGGCUUUCAAGAAGACCUCAAGAACACUUCCUCUGCUCUCUAUAGGUCCUACAAGACUGACUUGGAAAUAGCGUUCUGGAAAGGUUACAGUAUUUUACCAGGCUUCAAAUUGGUGACUGUGACAGGGUUCAGGCCCGGAAGUGUGGUUGUGACAUAUGAGGUCAAGACGACAACACCAUCACCCGAAUUAAUGCAUAAAGCAAACGAGCAAGUAAUGCAGAACCUUAAUCAGACCUACAAAAUGGACUACAGCUCCUUUCAAGCAGUUACUAGCAAUGAAACGAAGUUCACCAUCAUACCAGAAAUCAUUUUUGAAGGGGACACGGUAAAUCUGGUGUGUGAAAAUGAAGUUUUGUCCUCUAACGUGUCCUGGCACCAUGUCGAAAGGCGCUCUGACUUGCAGAACAGCAGCAGAUUCUCGGUCUACAGCACCGUGCUCAACAAUGUGACCUCAAUAUCGAGCCUCACGAUUUACAACAUCACUCCAGGCGAUGCAGGUGAAUAUAUUUGCAAGCUGACAUUAGAUAUUUUUGAAUAUGAGUCCAGAAAAAAAAUAGAUGUCAUGCCCAUCCGAAUUUUGGCAACUGAAGAAAUGAAGGUGACGUGCGACAAUAAUCCUGUAUCUUUGAACUGCUGCAGUGAGAUUAAUGUUAAUUGGAGCGCGAUAGAAUGGAAGCAGGAGGGGAAAAUAAACAUUCCAGGCAACCCUGAAACUGACCUAGAGUCCGGCUGCAGCAGGUACACCCUCAGGGCGGACGGGACUCAGUGUCCCAGCGGGUCGGCUGGAACAACGGUUGUCUAUGCGUGCGAGUUCGUCAGCAGCCAUGGGGCCAGAGGCGGCAAGAACAUAGAAGUGACAUUCACCUCUGUGGCCAACCUAACAAUAACCCCGGACCCAAUUUCUGUUUCUGAGGGACAAAACUUUUCCAUAAAGUGCAUCAGCGAUGUGAGUAACUAUGAUGAGGUUUACUGGAACACUUCUGCUGGAAUUAAAAUAUACCAAAAGUUUUAUACCACGAGGAGGUCUGCUGCUGGAGCAGAGUCGGUGCUGAGAGUGAAGAUCGCGACCCGGGAAUGGAACGGAACCUAUCAUUGCAUAUUUAGAUAUAAGAAUUCGUACAGCGUCGCGACGAAAGAUGUGACCGUUCACCCACUGCCCCUAGAGCCAGACAUCAUGGUGGAUCCUCUGGAGGCUACAGUUCCAUGCAAAGGUUCCCAUCACUUCAGGUGCUGCAUUGAGGAGGAUGAAGACUACAAAGUAACUUUCCAAAUGGAUUCCUUAUCCUUUCUUGCCGAAAAAGAAGUUAAAGGAAAGCAAGUGUGUUACAAAUACAAUUUCAUGGCAAGCUCAGUUUCCAGGUGUCCAAAAAAGCUGGACAUAUUUUGUCACUUUACCAAUGCUGCUAAUAAUUCAGUCCGGAGCUCAUCUAUGAAGCUUAACCUGGUUCCUGGAGAGAAGAUCAUGUGCCGAGAUCCCACAAUAGGUGUUGGGGAGCCUGGGAAAGUCAUCCAGAAACUAUGCCAGUUCUCAAACGUACCCAGCAGCCCUGGAGGUCCCACUGGCGGGAUCAUGACUUACAAAUGUGUAGGCUCCCACUGGGAGGUGAAGAAAAAUGACUGCAUCUCUGCCCCAAUAAAUAGUCUGCUCCAGCUGGCCAAGGAUUUGAUCAAGAGCCCCUGUCAGGAUACGAAGCUCCCCACAUACCUGAAGGAUCUUUCUGUCAGCACAGGCAAGGUGAAACAUGAAGUCAGCUCAUUUCCUGGGAGCCUGGGAGCCAUCAUUAACAUCCUGGAUUUGCUCUCAACAGUUCCAACCCAAGUGAAUUCAGAAAUGAUGACGAACGUUCUCUCUACGGUUAACACCAUCCUCAGCAAGCCCAUGUUGAGUACCUGGAAGGUGUUCCAACAGCAACAGACCAACCAGAGCUCACAGCUCCUGGAUUCAGUAGAAAGAUUUUCCCGAGCAUUACAGUCUGAAGAUAGCACUUUUUUGUCUAUCAACCAAACGAAUGUGCAGAUGAGGAGCAUGGUAAUAAAACCUGGCCCUCCAAAAACCUACAAACAGAACUUUGUUUUCUCGGACUCGGACCUCUGGGGCAAUGUGGCCAUUGACAAGUGCGAGCUGGGAAGCCUGCAGUGGGGUUCGUCUGUUGUCACUGUCGCUUUCCCAACUCUCAAAACCAUCCUCACUCAGGAUGGGCAAGUAAAGAACGUUGCAAACAGCUUAGUGAUGACAACUACUGUCAGCCACAAUAUAACCCUGCCAUUCCGGAUUUCGAUGACUUUUAAGAACAUCAACCCUUCAGGUGGAGUACCACAGUGUGUCUUCUGGAAUUUCAACCUUGCCAACUACACAGGGGGGUGGGAUAGUAGUGGGUGUUAUGUGAACAGAGUCGAUGGGGACAGUGUCUCCUGCAUCUGUGACCACCUCACAUCGUUCUCCAUCCUCAUGUCCCCUGACUCUCCAUACCCUGGUUCCCUCCUGGAAAUACUACUGGAUAUCAUUUCCUACAUUGGGUUGUGCUUUUCCAUCUUGAGCUUAGCAGCCUGCCUAGUGGUGGAAGCCGUGGUGUGGAAAUCAGUAACCAAGAAUCGGACUUCCUAUAUGCGCCACAUCUGCAUAGUGAACAUUGCCGCCUCCCUUCUGGUGGCUGACAUCUGGUUCAUUGUGGCCGCUGCCAUCCACGACCAUUUUUACCCUCUCAACGAGACAGCCUGUGUGGCCGCCACCUUCUUCAUCCACUUCUUCUACCUCAGCGUCUUUUUCUGGAUGCUGACUCUGGGCCUCAUGCUCUUCUACCGCCUGGUUUUCAUCCUGCAUGACACAAGCAAGUCCAUUCAGAAGACUAUUGCAUUUUCUCUUGGCUAUGGCUGCCCUCUUGUCAUCUCAGUCAUCACAGUAGGGGCCACCCAGCCCCAAGAAGUCUACACCAGGAAGAAUGCCUGCUGGCUCAACUGGGAGGAUACCAAGGCCCUGCUGGCCUUCGUCAUCCCAGCACUGAUCAUUGUGGUAGUGAACAUGACCAUCACAGUUGUGGUCAUCUCCAAGAUCCUGAGACCUUCCAUUGGAGACAAGCCAAGCAAGCAGGAGAAGAGUAGCCUGUUUCAGAUCAGCAAGAGCAUUGGGGUCCUCACGCCACUCUUGGGGCUCACCUGGGGUUUUGGCCUUGCCACUGUGUUCCAAGGAAGCAAUGCUGUGUUCCAUAUUAUAUUUACACUACUCAAUGCCUUUCAGGGAUUAUUCAUUUUACUCUUUGGCUGCCUCUGGGAUCAGAAGGUCCAGGAAGCGUUGCUAAAGAAGUUUUCACUGUCAAGAUGGUCUUCGCAGCACUCAAAGUCAACAUCCCUAGGUUCAUCAACACCCGUAUUUUCUAUGAGUUCUCCAAUAUCAAGAAGAUUUAACAAUUUGUUUGGUAAAACAGGAACGUACAAUGUUUCCACCCCAGAAGCAACCAGCUCAUCCCUGGAAAACACAUCCAGUGCUUACUCCUUGCUCAACUAAGAACAGGAAAAACGACCUAUGUGACUUCUUUAAAGGACAGUGGAUAUGCUCGGAAAAAAAAAAUCCUUUCAAAGCCGUGGGUAAAAUGUUUUCUCUGCAGGCUUCCUGGAGCAGAUGCUGAAGAGCGUCUUUCAUUAGGGAAAAGAAGCUUUCUUUCAUAAAGACAGACUAAACGUAAUUGUUAAGUUUAUUUGCUGCCCCAGCCCCCACCUCUUGUGUGAUACUAAAUGUGUACAGUAUUUAAGUGAGACUCAAGUCCCUGGAGGCCCAACUUCCCUGUCUAUAUUGUAAAAUAGCAUUUCAAAGAGACAUUUUUACUUUUCACACGUUGGGCACAAAAAUAAGCUUUGAUUAAAAUAAUAAGCACAAGGCUAGUACCCAGGAAAUACUUCAGUGAACUCUCAGAAGGAAGGGAGGAAAGAAGGAAAGACACAGGAAAAAAGAAAAAUAUAGAGAAAAACAAUUAAGAACCACAUUUUAAAAAUUUCCAUGUUAACAUAAUUAUUCUGAUACUGCAACAUGGAGAAUAUAAAAAUGGCUCAAAAACAGAAACUGAAAUAAAUCAUUUUCUUGGUAUUUUCUUAGUUACAAGAGAACAUUUUUUUAGAAAGGCAGUAGGAAGAGAUUGGGAGGAAAUUGUAACAUCAGGAUGCUUUCAAGUGGAUAAUAAUAUUUACAAGAAAUUCAUGGAAGGAGAUAUAAUUCUCCUGAUGCUAAACACACACACAUGCUGGUGCACGUGAAGUUUUGAGCUCAGGGGAGGGAGCAGGCAGAGCAAAUGGGAUAGCCAUGCUUUAUCAGAUCUAAGCAGAUCCAACUGCUAGUUACAUUUUUUACCGUUUAUCGGAAAAGCCUUAUCUUUUGGUAUGUUCCACUUUUUGAAGGCAAAAAAAUAUAUAUUUUUAUAUGCAUCACUUGCCAAAUGUGACAUAAGGUGAUAUGAAUGUGAUAUAUUGUACUGGAAACAGAUCCCGACUGUCGUGUAUUAUAUUUAACAGCUUUAACCAGGUACUUCCCUGUGCAUCAUAGAAUAGAUUUUCAUAAUCUUAUGGCGUUGUUUAUCAUUGUUGUUGCUACUGUGGAUUUAGCGGCCCUUGAUGUGUGGUCUAGCUCCCUAUGUAUUAGCUCUUUCAGUCCUUAAGUUCCAAGACCAAUAUACGGUAAGAGUUUUGUAUU